AUGGAAGACGAGAGGCGAAUACAGUACAAUUUUGACGAGGAAGUAGCGAGGCAGGAGGCGGAGAUGAAUCUGCUGAGGAUGAAGAGUAGAACAAGAGUAUAUAGAGAUAUAGGAAAAAAUUAG